AUGAAAAAUCAGCUUUUUGAGGGUUCAAUCAAGGCUUUGCCCAAAAAGUCUGUUACUGAAGAUAAAGUUCAAAAUCAACCUGAAAAUGAACAACCUUCAACCGGUCAAGUUCCUCAAAUUCCUGAAGUUUCUUCAUUACCACAAAAUCCUCAAUUGAAUCAAAUAAAUAACAAUAAUAAUAAUGCUAAACCUAUAAAAUCAAAUUAUUCACCAAAUCAACAUCAACAAAGACCACAACAACAACAACAACAACAACAACAACAACAAUUAACUCAAGCUUUGAAAAAUGCACUUUAUAGUGCAAAAGAUCGAAUGUUUAUAUUAACUUUAGAACAAGAUUUAAUUCAAUUCAUUUCCUCAAAUACUGAUUCAUAUCUAUUAAGACCAAUGAAUUCAUAUUAUAGAUUAUUAACUCAUCAAACUGCUGAAUAUUAUAAUUUAGGUCAUAGUCUUCAUAAUGAUGGUACUUCAAUUUUAGUUUUUAAGAAUUUUGGUGUGGAAAUUAAUCCAAUAAGAUCAUUAUCUUCAAUUCCUUAUGAUUUUUCAAUUCCUUUACAAAAUUUACAUCCUCAAUUCCAUGCUGCUCAUUUACAACAUCAUCAAGGUUAUUCAGCUACUGGUGGUGGUUCUCAUCCACCUCCUCCACCUCCAGGUAUUGUUCCAGGUUCUAUUCCUGGUGGUCCUCCAUUUGGUUAUCUUCCACAAGGUUUACCACAAGGUCUGCCUCAAGGUUUACCACAUGGUUUACCACGAGAUUUAUCUCAAGGACCUCCUCCGCCUGGUUAUUCCCCAAUUCAACAACAUCAACAACAUCAACAUCAACCUCCUUUCACACAACCAACUAGUGUUGGUUCAAGUAUAAAUCCAAAUAAUGAUUCAAUCAAAUCUCCAAUAUCGAAUAUAAGUACACCAAAUGAUGUUGGUAAGAAGGAAUUCAAAUUAAUGAGACGUAAAGAUGAUGAUGUAAAUGAAAAAGAUGAAACUUUGGGAAAAAAAGAUGAUAAAUCAACAACAACCGCUUCAGAUAGAUUAAAUUCUAAAGAAAAUGAAGAUCCAAUUAAAUUAGAAUCUGAAAGAGCUUCAAGAGAAUCAAUAUAUCAAAAGGCAAGAGAACGUAUUUUUCAAGCUGAUGAAGAUGAAGAAGAUGAAGAUGAUGAUGGAGAAGAUGAAUCCAAAAUUAAUAAUAACAAUACCACAAGUCCUGAUAUCCCAAGAAUAAUACCACAAUCAUAUCAAACACAUAUACAUUCCCCAAUAUUAACAAAUCAUCAACCAUAUCAAUCUAUACCAAUACAACAAUUCCCAUCAUAUGGAUAUCCAACACCACAAUCAAAUACUACUACUACAUCUCAACAUUAUCCAAUCUCAUCACCAAAUUCAUCAUAUUAUUAUCCAAUUUCUUAUCCUGGAAAUGUGAUACCAUCACAAACUGCUGGAUAUCCACAAGGAUUUUCAAACAGUGCUGGUACUACAAGUACAUCAUCAAAUGGUAAUGUUAAUGAUUUAUCAAAUCAAUAUUAUUAUGCUCAAUCAAGUCCACAACAAUAUCAAUCACAUCAUAAUCAUCAUGGUCAAGGUCAAGGUUUUAGAAAAGGUAGAGGUGGAUAUAAUUCAAAUUAUAAACGAAAUUAUUCAAAUUAUAAUAAUUAUAAUAAUUCUGGAUAUUAUCAACAAGGUUAUAAUAAAGGAUAUCAAAAUAAUCAACAAAAUAAUAAUCAAUAUCAACAAAAUAAUCGUGAUGUGAAUUUAAAUAAGGAAAAUGAUGAAGAUAAUAAUGAUGAAGAAGAACAAGAAGAGGAAGAAAUUUCACAAGAUUUAAUUGAUAAAUUACGAAUUGAUGAUGAAAAAUCUGAAACUCCUAAAACUGAAGAAUAA